AUGACUCGACUUGCCACAAAUACUUGGACCACUAAAACAUUCCUAACGAAAACGAAGCGAGGGAACAUUUUAAAAAUUGUACGGGAGCAUUACUUAAGAGAUGAUUUGUUAUGUGGCUCAGCAGCUUGCAAUGUCUGUCCUCAUAAGAAUGAUGAACUAGUGUUGGAUUCCACUCCAGACUCAAUAUGUGCUUUGUUUGACUACAAUCACUAUCUCAUCCUUGACACAAAUGUUGUACUUCACCAAAUAGACAUUCUCGAAGAUGAUGCUUUGAAAAAUGUGAUUAUUUUACAAACGGUUCUCGAAGAAGUAAAGCAUCAAAACACAGCUAUCUUCCAAAGAUUGUUGGAGAUUGUUGGAAAUAAGAAAAGAAAGUUCUAUUCAUUUGUUAAUGAACACCACAAGGAUACCUAUGUUGAAAGAAAGCCUGGAGAGAAAGCAAAUGAUAGGAAUGAUAGAGCUAUUCGUAAAGCUGCAAAAUGGUACUCUGGGCAUUUGUCUAAGAAGGGGGCUGGUCAAUUCCUGCAAGUUGUACUACUUACUGAUGAUGAAACCAAUAGAAAACUGGCCCAAGAAGAGAGCAUUGUUUGUUGCUCGGUCAAAGAUUACAUUGAAAAUACAAACGGAUUCCCUGGCUUAAUAGAUAAGUUGUCUAAAAAUGUGAUGCCUGAGAGUAGCUCUAAAGAUGCCUUAUACCCACCACAUUUGACUCCGUCUCAAAUACAUACUGGUAUUCGAAAUGGUAAACUACAUCAGGGUACUUUCUAUGCAUCGAGAGACAACUUUUUGGAAGGCUCUGCAACAAUUUCUGGCUAUGAAAAACAGAUUCUACUUCAAGGCCACAUUGGUAUAAACAGAGCUAUUGAUGGUGACAUCGUAGCUAUUGAGAUUUUUCCUGAAGAGGAGUGGAGAAAACCAAGUGAUAUUGUACUUGAAGAUAAAGCAGAUGAUCCUGGGGAUUUUCUUGAAGAAGAGUCUAUACUUCUAAAUAACGCAAAAUCUGCAGCAAGUGCAGAUAUAAGUCCCACUGGAAAAGUGGUAGGGAUUAUCAAAAGGAAGUGGCGCCAAUAUUGUGGAAUUCUGAUGCCUAGCAAGUUUCCAGGGGCCACAAGGCAUUUAUUUACACCGGCAGAGAAGAGGAUACCGCGAGUACGAAUAGAGACAAGACAGAGCGACCUGUUAGCCUCUCAGCGUAUAUUGGUAGCUCUUGAUUCCUGGCCUAGGAACAGUCGGUAUCCGCUGGGACAUUUUGUAAGAGCCUUAGGACCUAUUGGUGACAAAGACGCUGAAAACGAAGUGAUAUUGUUAGAACACGACGUACCACAUGCUCGAUUCAGCGAAGCGGUUUUAGCAUGUCUGCCACCUGACAACUGGACCAUUCCUGACGAGGAAAUAAAGAAACGCGUUGAUCUCCGCUCCAUAUGCGUGUGUUCGGUGGAUCCCCCGGGCUGUACCGAUAUUGAUGAUGCUUUGCACGCUCGCCCACUCGCCGAUACGACCACCGAUGGACUGAAGAAAUACGAGGUCGGAGUACAUAUAGCAGAUGUGACGUACUUCGUCAGACCAAAUACUGCGCUUGACAAGGAAGCGGCGUCGCGCUCCACCACUGUUUACUUGGUGGGCAAAAGGAUAGAUAUGGUACCGGACUUACUAAGUUCAAAUCUGUGUUCACUUCGGGGUGGUGAGGAAAGGUUUGCGUUUUCUUGCGUUUGGGAGAUAGACGAAAACGCUAAUGUCCUAAACACAAAAUUCCAUAAAAGUAUAAUAAAGUCCCGUGAAGCAAUGACAUAUGAGCAAGCGCAAAUAGCAAUAGACGAUAGUUCUAGAAAAGACGAAAUAGCUAGUUCGCUGAGGACCCUUAACGCUCUCGCCAAGAAACUGAAGCAGAAGAGAUUGGACAAUGGAGCAUUGCUGCUGGCUUCGCCGGAAAUCCGUUUUGAGGUGGAUUCCGAAACCCAUGAGCCAAUGGAGGUGCAGGCCAAGCGGAUAUUGGACACCAAUUCCAUGGUAGAAGAGUUCAUGUUGCUCGCUAAUGUUAGUGUUGCCCAACACAUUGCAGCUGAAUUUCCCCAAAGUGCGUUGCUUAGGAGGCAUCCUGCACCACCGCCUGCGAAUUUCACCACCUUCCUAAAGGCAGCUUCACAACAGGGCUUCGAGUUAGACGUAUCGACAAACAAAUCGUUCUCAAAGUCCCUGAACGAAGCAGUAAUCCCGUCGCGGCCGUUCUUCAACACGUUACUUCGUAUCAUGGCGACUCGGUGUAUGCAACAGGCUGUUUACUUUUCAAGCGGGACUCUUGCACAGGAAGACUUUUACCACUACGGUCUAGCGUGCCCCAUAUACACGCAUUUCACGUCGCCUAUUCGUAGAUACGCUGACGUCAUUGUGCAUCGUCUUCUUGCGUCAUGCAUCGGCGCAGACGCAACUCACGCCAGCAUUUUGGACACUAAGUACGCGGUGUCGUUAUGCGAGAACCUCAACUAUAGGCAUCGUCAAGCGCAGUAUGCGGGUAGAGCUUCAGUAGCGCUUAACACUCAUAUUCUAUUUAAAGACCGCGUGGAGGUUGAGCCUGCUGUCGUGUUAUCUGUGAAACGGAACGCUUUACAAGUACUUAUACCAAAGUAUGGACUGGAAGGACCAUUAUACUUACCUUCUGAUAAAUUUGUCUAUAAUGAAGAAGAACACGUUCAAAUAUGCAACGGAGUUGUGUUGAAAACAUUCGACGAAAUCGUCGUGCGUCUCAGCUUAGAUAGCACUAAUUUACAACACAGAAAAUUAGUCUUUCAACUAGUUAAGCCGAUCAUACCAGGUUUUAGCUAUGAAGAUAGAGAAAUGGACGUAGAACUUGUAGAACAACCUGAUGUUAUUGAAGUCGUAGAUAUCACGGAUCUGACGAGCAAAAAACGGAACGUUCAAACCAAAAGCAAGAAGAAGAAGACAAAAAAGUAA